AUGGAGGCAUCAAGGAACUAUAUUCGAUAUGCCGCUCCACUUGGAUCCGGGAGCUUCCAAGCGCAGACCACAUUCCCCGUGGGGUCCGGCCCGGAUGGUGUUGCAGUAGGCGACUUCAACGGAGAUGGCUAUCUCGAUAUUGUGAAGACGAAUUUCUACGACAAUUCACUGAACGUCUUGCUUGGAACUGGAUCGGGGGGCUUCCAGGCCCAGGCCACAUUCCCCGUGGGGUCCGUCCGGAUCGGUGUUGCAGUGGGCGACUUCAACGGAGAUGGUCAUCUGGAUAUUGGCCAUCUCCGUUGA